CAUCACCCCCAGCACCAGCCAACAGGCAGCAUCAGAGCAGUCUCUGGAAUCUCCCUCAGAGGAGAUGAGCAGCCCCAGCCUCUAUAGUCAGGUAACAUCAAGGCCAUCCCACAGCAACAUCCCAGAAACUGAGGACAGCAACUGCUCUCGCAGUCGGAGGCCUGAGCGCCGGCAAAACCGCACCCGCCGGCAAAGUCGGCCUCAAACUCCACAACUUCGGUCCAGAAGUCCCCGUGACAGCAGCCAUGUGCCGGAACCAACUGCUGCGAGGUGCAGGCCCAGGCACAGACAGUCGGGGACAUCCCGCAGGCGAAGACGCUCUCGCCGGCAAAGUCGUCCCCAGAAUCCACACCUUCGGGACCCGAGUCCCUAUGACAGGAGAUGUUCGCCACACCUCCGGUCCCCGAGUCCCCAUGACAGGAUCUGUUUGCCACCACCACCAAGUCCUCGGAGGCGCAGCCGCAGCGAGGAGGCAUCAGAGACAUCCAGCAACCGAAACCGCUCCCGCCAGCAACGUCGGCCCCAAAAUCCACACCUUCGGUCCAGAAGUUGCCGUGACAGGAGCCACGUCCCAGCACCAAGUACUGGGAGGCGCAGGCCCAGCCAGGAAGAAUCAGGGACAUCCCGCAGACGAAAUAGCUCCCGCCGCCAAAGUCGGACCUCAAAUCCAUCUGGCCAGUCCAGAAAUCGCAAUGACAGGAACUGCACUCCAGCACGGAGUGCUGGGAGGCGAAACUCAAGGGAGACAGCAACCACGACUUCCCAAAGGCAACAGCGCUCCCGCCAGCAGCGUCGGACCUCAAAUUCAUCCAGCGGAUCCAGAAGUCGCCGUGAUGGGAGGCGUGAUAGAGCACCCAGUGCUGGGAGUCCCACUCACCGCUCAGACGGUGAGACAGGGACUCACCACUGACACAUCCCACGUCAGAAAGGAAGGAGGAGGCCCCCCAAGGGAGGGAGCCAGCCUCCAAAGAUGACUUGGAGCUUGCUGGCC